AUGAUGUGUAAGCAUGAAUCAAUAUCCUCUCUAGGCGGAUUGGACAGCAAUUUAGUGAAGUCAUUUGCUCACUCCCUCAACGUCUUCCAGCUUCUCUCAACUCACCAACGAAUGCAAGUCACACCUCAGCGUGAAAGAAACUACUACAAACGCCUGCAAACCACAAUGUGUUCGCCAAUGGAUAUGGCGAACAGCAAAUCACUGAUGGCUGUCGAAUUGUGAGCAAUUGAAAACGGAGAUGUUGUUGCUCGUCGUGAUCUGCUCAAAGCAGAAGUGAAAGGACAAAUUAUCGAUGGUUUUUUUUACUAUUUCGGUUCGUUGACCUAUAGUUUUCCUCCAUUUCAGCAUUCUCCAAAUGAGUAUGAAUGGGACGCUUGA